CCUAACUUAAAAAUUUGUUAACCCUUGCUUCUCUCGUCGUCUUCAAAUUUCUCCACUCAGAUUUAUAAUGGCCUCAAAUAACAGUUUUGAUUCUGAUGAUGAUGAUUUUGGCACUCGACCCCCUUUUUUCGACGGUAAAAAAUAUUACAUUUGGAAACAUAGAAUGCAAAUAUUUGUUCAGGGUACUGAUUUUGAUGCUUGGAAGGCCAUAGAACAUGGUCCUUUUUUUCCCACUCAUAUUGUUAAUGGUUUCACCAAACCGAAAUCUAAAACCGAAUGGACGGAUGAUGAUAAGAAAAAGGUUCACCCUGAUUCGAGGGCAAAACACUUGAUAUCUUGUGCUUUAUGUAAUGAUGAGUUUUCUAAUGUCAUGUAUUGUGAGACUGCCCGAGAAAUGUGGAAUACUUUGCAAAAUAUUCAUGAGGGAACCGGUGAAGUUAAAAUGGCAAGGAUCGGAUAUCUAACCGGUGAAUAUGAACGGUUUUGUAUGAAACCUGGUGAGAACAUACAUGAUAUGCAAAUGCGGUUUUAUGAUGUUGUUAAUCAUCUUGCUUCGUUGGGUAAAAAGAUUCCUAAUGAAGAUUUGGUUAGCAAAGUUUUGAGAUGUUUGAGUAAGAAAUGGCGGCACAAGGUCAGAGCUAUAACGAAAUCAAUAGAUUUCCCAACUAUGCUCUUAGUUUCAUUGUUCAGAGAGCUUGAAGAGCAUGAGACUGAGUUAAAUAGGUUGGACAAGAAUGAUGAAAUGUAUAACAGUGACGACUCUGAAGAGGUGAACUUGGUUUUGAAAGACCUUUCCAAGCUUCUAAAGAAAAACAAGAAGUCCUUCAAGCAAGGAGAGAAAGAACACAGGGAGAAAGGAUCCUCUUCUACGCGUACAAUGUUCUGAUUCAAAAUGUACUAGCUUUUCCUACAUGUUCUACUGUUGAAACUUAAGUACAAGUUUCAAGAGGAAAUUAAAAUUAACCUUUCAUUGUAUUUGCUGUUUAGUCAGUACCUAUGUUUAACUAAGUUUAUCAAUUAAUCUCUUAAA